GGUAUUCUAAUAAUUUGUUUUCCUCUGUGUGCAGUCUUGCAAACGAUGAUCCUAUUGAUGUUGCCAGAAUUAUUUCAUGCAUUUUGGAGUUACGUGCCUAGCUGCAUACAAAUUUUAUUCUACUGCAUGUAUCUGUGAGUCUUGUUAGAAAUUAAUCCAAGUAGCAAGCAAGCAAGCAACCAAAUCCCAGAUUUUUGAUGGGAAGUGUACAAGAAGCAUCAUCCACCCAUGUUGGAAGAUGAAGUUAGGCGCCUGAAGAAGAUUGGGAAAGAUGGAGCUUUUCACAAGAAGCUAGCCUCGGAGAACAUUAACACAGUACAGGACUUUUUGAAGUUGUUUGUGGUUGACCGGUCAAAGCUAAUAAGGAUUUUAGGAGUUGGAAUGUCAGAGAAAAUGUGGGAGGUAACAGUAAAGCAUGCCAGAACCUGCGUUAUGGGCAACAAAAUGUUCAUUCAUCAUGGUGCUCAUUUUGUGCUUUUUUUGAUUCCGAUAUAUGUGAAGGGCUAUGGACAAACACAGAUUGAGAAUUUGGUGAGGGAAGCCUAUGCAAACUGGAAUUCCUUGGAAAUGGUCGACGCAAUCUUGAAUGAGACUGCCUUAUUAACACAAGGUGAUUAUGUAGUGGAGCAAUAUCCCAACCAUCAUGCUGAGGCAAUGUCAAGAUCAGCAUUCGAUCAAAAUGGACACCUGGGCCUAGCGGCAGCGGAUAAUCACCCUAAAUCUGUGAAUAUGACCAUGCCCACAGCCCACAACUUCCUAAGACUACCCAUCCUCUUCAUCACCUUCAACUUGAUCACAGCGUUGAUCCCCUCUGCUCUUUGCGAUGACGAUGCUCAAUACACAGAGUGCCGCAAUACCUACGACUGCGGUUUGCUUAAAAACAUAACCUACCCUUUCUGGGCAGCCAACGGUCGGCCCCACCACUGCGGGCGAGAAGGGUACGAACUCACCUGCCGAGAUAAUGAAUACCCUGUUAUCAGAAUUGAAGAACAAGACUUCCUUGUCUUGAACAUUAGCAGGGAAAUUAACAUCAUCACAAUUGCUCGCAGAGACCUCUGGGACAGACCUUGCACUAGCAGGCUCAUCAACACCACUUUGGACUACGAUCGUUUCGCUUACGUUCAAGCUGUUCGGAACCUGACUUUGUUCUAUGGCUGCGUCCCUCACAAUCAGUCAAUCGCAAAUUACUUUACUUGCAAAAUAGAGGGUACCCAAAACGAUCUUGCGUUCUAUAUAGACGACUCUAUCUCGAGGCUUAAUCCUCGUCCGAAUGGGACCUUGUGCCUCCACAAUAUCAGAGUCCCCAUAAUGUGGACGGGUGUUGAUGUUCUGCCUGAGAAUUACACGGUGGAUGUACUGAAACGUGUUUUGGAGCUAGGCUUCCAGGUUGAGUACGAGGCCGAAUGGGAGCUCUGUGGACCAUGCAUGCUCUCUAAUGGAACCUGCGGAUCCAACACCACUGACUCUUUUCUCUGCUUUUGCGGGGGCCAUCCUUAUGAGGAAACCUGUCCAAGUUCUGGAGACAAUUCGUGGAACUGGAAAAGAAAGGUUAUCGUCGGUGCUGCUGCUGCUGCAGGAAGUGGGAUCUUACUAUGUGUUAUCGUUUGCUGUAUUAAAAGUAGGAAGCAAACUUUCUUGAGGACAAAGAGCCAUCAAGAUCUUGAGGCCUUCAUUCAGAACAAUGGACCUCUAGCAGUAAAAAGAUACAAAUUUUCGGAUAUCAGAAAAAUGACCAACUCAUUUAAAGAUAAACUGGGUCGAGGGGGUUAUGGUGAUGUGUACAAAGGUAAGCUACGAGAUGGUUGUCUUGUGGCUGUGAAGGUUCUUAAUGCAUCCAAAGGGAAUGGAGAAGACUUCAUAAACGAGGUUGCAAGCAUUAGUAGAACUUCGCAUGUUAAUGUUGUCACUCUGUUGGGGUAUUGCUUUGAAGGUCAGAAAAAAGCUCUCAUAUAUGAGUUCAUGCCCAAUGGAUCGCUUGAGAAGUUCAUCUACAAAGAAAAUUCUUUGGAAACCACUCCACACUUGGAACUGGAAAAACUAUUUGAAAUUGCUAUUGGGAUAGCUCGAGGGCUCGAGUACUUGCACCGUGGAUGCAACACACGAAUUUUGCAUUUUGACAUAAAACCACAUAAUAUCCUUUUGGAUGACAACUUUUGCCCAAAGAUUUCUGACUUUGGGCUUUCUAAACUUUGCCUGAAGAAGGAGAGUAUUAUGUCGAUGUUGGAUGCAAGAGGGACAGUAGGGUACAUAGCUCCAGAAGUGUUCUGUAGAAACUUUGGAGGAGUCUCUGUUAAGUCUGAUGUCUAUAGUUAUGGAAUGAUGAUUCUGGAGGUGGCUGGAGGAAGAAAGAACAGCGACGUUCAAGUGAGCCACACCACUGAUGCUUUUUUUCCGGAUUGGAUUUAUAAGCAUCUAGAGCAGGGCAGCAAUUUAGGAUUGCCCAAUCCUAUGACCCAAGAGGAAAAUGAACUUGCAAGGAAGAUGAUUUUGGUGGGGUUGUGGUGCAUACAGACAAAGCCACCAGAUAGGCCAUCCAUGAGUAAAGUGAUUGAAAUGCUGGAUGGAAGCAUUGAAGCCUUGCGAAUACCACCAAAGCCUGUCCUAACUUCUCCUACAAGAACACCAGCAGAAUCAGAAUCUUCCACCUUCUCACUUAUAUGUUAAUAUCUUUUCUUAAUUGGUGUACAUCUUUUGGAUGAUUCAGUUCCUAGUCAAUUUUAAAGUCAUUCUAAUAAGAUUUUCCCUUUCGCAUUUUUCUUUUUGGUCAUAGCUCGAUCUUGUUUUGUACUUCGUUGCUCAUGUGAGAGGUAAAGCACUAAUUUACCUUUCCUGAAAGCACUAUUUUGAAUAUAGAACUUACGAUAAA